AUGUUCGAGAAAGAAAAGAUUGAAAUUGUUUUUAGGCGGAUGUGCGCGGAAAUCCAUCCGCCGUGGAGUGAAGAAACCUCAUCGUUACCGCCCGGUCUGCUGCUAUACGCGCUUGAUAGGAAGCGAGUGAGGCUUACCUCGGGUCUGCGGCCAUACGCGCUCGCCAGGAAGCGAGUGAGGCCUACCUCGGGUCUGCUGCCAUACGCGUUCGCCAGGAAGCGAGUGAGGCUUACCUCGUCGGCCUGUUUGAAGACACCAACUUGUGCGCCAUCUAUGCAAAACAAGUACUUUAUUUCAGGUUGUGGCGAACGUAACGAGGAGCCUCGCAUCGUGGGCGGGUCCGCGGCCAGCAUCAACGCCUUCCCGUGGCUGGCGCGGCUCAUCUACCACAACGCCUUCGGCUGCGGGGCUUCCCUUAUCAAUGACAAAUACGUCGUGUCCGCUGCGCAUUGUUUGAAGGGUUUCAUGUGGUUCAUGUUCCGAGUGACUUUCGGCGAGCACAAUCGCUGCGACAAGACCACGAGACCUAUCACCCGUUACGUCACAAAAGUUAUAGCCCACAACUUUUCUCUCUCCGACCUGAGCAAUGAUAUCGCCCUGCUGAAGAUCAGUUCACCGAUUACGUACUCCCACGCUGUUCGGCCCGUGUGCUUGCCGAAGUAUCAAGGAAGAUCCUACGAGAACUCAAUCGCAACAGUAUCUGGCUGGGGCGCAACUGGCGAGACCAAGAACUGGUCUUGCACACUCCUAGAGGCCGAGUUACCUGUUCUUAGUAACCAGGAGUGCAGGCACACAAAGUACAACGCCUCUAGGAUCCAGGAGGCGAUGCUCUGCGCCGGGUUCCCGAAGACGGCACAUAAAGAUGCUUGUACUGGUGACAGCGGUGGACCUCUUAUCACCGAAAAUUCAGAUCACGUUUAUGAACUUAUAGGUAUCGUGUCCUGGGGCUACGGGUGUGCGAGACUUGGAUAUCCGGGCGUCUAUACGCGGGUCACGAAAUAUCUGGACUGGAUCAGAGACAACACCGACGACGCCUGUUAUUGUAGGGACCAGCAAAAGCAGCAGACGGUUUGUAAUGUAAUAGGUACCAAGUUCAAUCGCUGCUACCUUAUUUUCAAUAUGUUAAAGUGGAAAGUUGUUUUCUUAAGUGCAAUUGUUUUAGCAUUCACAAUACAAGCUGAUGAAGAAUUAUUAAAGAAAAUACAAGACGAUGAAGAUUAUGAAAAGAUACCAAAGUGCAACUGUCGAUGUGGUGAACGCAACGAAGCCUCCCGAAUAGUGGGGGGCGUUGAAACGAUGGUGAAUGAAUUCCCCUGGAUGGCGCGAUUGACGUAUUUCCAGAAGUUCUACUGCGGGGGCAUACUCAUCAACGACCGCUAUGUGCUAACCGCUGCGCACUGCACUAAAGGGCUGAUGUGGUUUAUGAUAAAAGUGACCCUGGGCGAACACAACCGCUGCAACGAGACCACGCGCCCUGAGACACGCUUUGUGACAAGCAUCGUCGCCCACAACUUUACAUACACCACUUUCCGACAUGACAUCGCGCUGCUGCGGCUCAAUCAACCUGUCAAUAUUACUGAUACGAUCAAGCCUAUCUGUCUGCCACAUAGUGACGAUGCCACAUACGUAGGAGUGAAGGCCAUAGCAGCGGGCUGGGGUUCAGUAACCGAGCAGAGGAACCACUCCUGCGUACUGAACGACGUGGAGCUGCCCGUCCUCAGCAACGACGUCUGCAAGAAGUCCAAGUACGAGGAAGCCAUGAUAGCUGACGACAUGCUGUGCGCCGGCUUCCCUGACCAAGGGAUGAUGGAUACUUGUCAGGGUGACAGCGGCGGACCGUUGGCAGCCGAAAGGAGAGAUAAACGCUACGAGCUUUUAGGAGUGGUUUCGUGGGGUAUAGGAUGCGGGCGCGCCGGUUACCCUGGAGUGUACACGCGGGUCACCAAGUACCUGUACUGGAUCCGGCAUAAUGCGCGUCAAGGAUGCUUCUGCUCAGAUUAAUUAUUUAUAUUUAUUUACCAUGUAUAUUUGUUUU